ACAGUGAUUGAAUCUUCUUUUCCUGUGUUUUUCUCCUUCUUUUCUUGUUCUCUUCUCUCUAUCUCCAAGGACCAAGAAAUUAGGGUUAGGGUUAACAAACUGACAGUAAAAAAAGGCUCCUUUUCUCAGUCUAGAAUUCCAACGACAGAGAAGGGGUUGGGGCUUCGUGUUUAGAGUUUCGGAGACCCUUCACGGGGUUUUGGAAUGGGUUCUUCCUCUUCUUCAUCAGUGAUCAAGUGGGGCGCUUCUGUAAAGCUACUCUCUUUGUUUUUGCUGCUUUCAGUUACUCAAGACGGCAUCUUUGUCACGGCCGACUCGGACAAAUCAGUGCUGCUUCAGUUCAAGAACUCGGUCACUGACUCAGCUGGGCUGCUUUCGAGUUGGAAUCAGAUUAUCCCAAGUCACUGCUCGUGGGUCGGAGUCUCCUGCGACGCCAGUUUUCGGGUCGUCUCACUCAACAUUACGGGGAACGGCGGUGGCAGAGGUAAUACUGAUCACAAUGAGUACUCCUGCUCUGAUCCUACUUCUUUUCCACUCUAUUCACUUGGAAUUAGGAGAUACUGUAGGGGUAGUAAAGGAAUUUUAGUGGGCAAGCUGUUGCCUGUGAUCGGGAGGUUAACAGAGCUCAGGGUGGUAUCGUUGCCGUUUAACGGUUUCCAUGGUGAGAUUCCAGGUGAAAUUUGGGGCAUGGAAAAGUUAGAGGUUCUUGAUCUAGAGGGAAACUCUUUUAGUGGGUCGCUACCGGCUUCAUUUGUUGGGUUGCGGAAUUUGAGGUUUUUGAAUUUGGGGUUCAACAGGAUUGAGGGGGAGAUACCGGACUCGCUGUCUAAUUUUUUCAAUUUAGAGAUCUUAAAUUUGGCUGGUAAUCGCCUCAAUGGAACUGUUCCUGGCUUUGCUGGUGGCUUUAAAAGGGUUUCUCUGUCAUUUAAUCAUCUUGGUGGGUCACUGCCAUCUGAGAUUGGAGAGGGUUGUGGGAAGCUUGAGCAUUUGGAUUUGUCUGGUAAUUUGCUGGUUGGUGGAAUCCCUAAAAGUUUGGGGAAUUGUGGGGAACUCCAGACGCUUUUGUUGUAUUCGAAUUUGUUUGAAGAGGUUAUUCCAAUUGAGCUUGGUAUGCUUCAGAAGCUUCAAGUGCUGGAUGUGUCCAGAAAUAGUCUUAGUGGGGCAGUACCUUGGGAGCUUGGAAAUUGCUCUGAGUUGUCUAUACUCGUGCUGUCGAAUGUUCUUGACCUGUUCCUAAAUGCUGAUAGUUCAAGAGGAGGGGACUCAAUGGCAUCCAUUGAUGAUGGUUUUAACUUUUUCCAAGGUGAACUUCCUUCUCAAAUUACGAGUCUUCCGAAGCUUAGGAUGUUGUGGGCACCAAGAUCAACUCUUGAGGGAAGGUUACCAAGUGAUUGGGGUAUGUGUGACUACUUGGAGAUGAUCAAUUUGGCUGAUAAUUUUUUCAGUGGUGAAAUUCCUUAUGGACUUAGUAAGUGCAAGAAACUGCGUUUUCUUGACAUGAGCUCAAACAGGUUUACAGGGGUGCUGGAUCAGGAACUUGUCGUGCCUUGCAUGACUAUGUUUGAUGUUAGUGGAAAUGCUUUGUCAGGUUCAAUCCCUGGUUUUCACUAUAGUUCGUGUCCACCUCUUCCUUUUUUGAACAUGGAUAGUCCAUCAUCUGCAUAUCUAUCCUUCUUCACUAAGAGAGCUGAGGUUCUAAGCCCUAUGCCAUUACCUCAAGGAGGUGGUGGAAUUGCAGUUUUUCAUUAUUUUGGGGGCAACAACUUUACUGGUAUUGUCCAGUCUGUACCAAUUGCACCUGAAAGAUUAGGAAAGCAAACUAGUUAUGCCUUUCUCGCUGGAGAAAACAAUCUCAGCGGACCAUUUCCUGGGAGUUUGUUUGAGAAAUGUGAUGGACUGAAUGUCAUGAUUAUUAAUGUCAGCAACAACAGAAUGUCAGGUCAGAUUCCAGUGGAUAUCGGUACAAUGUGCAGGUCUCUCAAACUUUUAGAUGCAUCCAGGAAUCAGAUUACUGGGCCAAUUCCUCCAAGUUUUGGAGAGUUUAUAUCUCUUACUGGUCUUAACUUGAGUUGGAACCCUUUGCAAGGUCACAUUCCAACUAGUCUUGGCCAAUUAAGUGGUCUGACGUUUCUUUCUUUGUCUGGUAAUAGCUUGACUGGCUCCAUCCCUUCCAGCUUGGGCCAGCUGCAUUGGCUUGAAUUUCUAGAUCUCUCUUCAAACUCUCUUUCCGGUGUGAUUCCUUUGGAUCUUGUGAACUUGAGAGACCUGACUGUUCUUCUACUCAAUGAUAACAAGCUCUCUGGGCCGAUUCCCUCUGGUUUGGCAAACGUGACAACACUUUCAGCCUUUAAUGUGUCUUUCAAUAACUUGUCUGGGCCACUACCAUCAAGUGAUAAUUUGAAGAAGUGCAGUAGUGUUCUGGGCAAUCCUUAUCUGCCCCCUUGCCCCAUGGUUUCCCUUACAGGACCAUCUACAGAUCAACAGGGUAGGGCUGGUGAGUCACAAAGUUAUGCUGCUUCACCAUCAAGUCCAACCCAUGGAAGUGGGAUCGAUGGUUUUAAUUCAAUUGAGAUAGCAUCCAUCGCCUCUGCAUCAGCCAUUGUUUCUGUUCUUCUAGCUUUAAUUGUUCUGUUCUUCUACACGAGAAAGUGGCAUCCCAAGUCCAGAGUUAUGGGAUCUACCAAAAAGGAAGUGAUUAUUUUCACGGAUAUAGGGGUUCCCUUGACCUUUGAUGUAGUUGCACGUGCCACAGGGAAUUUUAACGCAAGCAACUGCAUAGGUAAUGGAGGUUUUGGUUCAACCUACAAGGCAGAGAUCUCUCCUGGAGUCCUAGUGGCAAUCAAACGACUUUCAGUUGGAAGAUUUCAAGGGGUUCUUCAAUUUGAUGCUGAAAUCAGAACCCUUGGAAGCCUCCGGCAUUCAAAUCUAGUUACUUUAAUUGGUUAUCAUGCAAGUGAAACAGAGAUGUUCCUCAUCUAUAACUACCUGUCGGGUGGUAACUUGGAAAAAUUCAUCCAGGAACGAUCUACAAGGGCCGUGGAUUGGAGGAUACUUCACAAGAUUGCUUUAGACAUUGCCCUUGCGCUUGCCUACUUGCAUGAUCAAUGUGUCCCUCGUGUCCUCCACCGUGAUGUGAAGCCUAGUAAUAUCCUGUUAGAUGAUGAUCUCAAUGCUUAUUUAUCUGACUUUGGUCUGGCCAGGCUGUUGGGAACUUCAGAAACCCAUGCCACUACAGGUGUGGCUGGAACUUUUGGUUAUGUUGCUCCUGAGUACGCAAUGACUUGUCGUGUGUCUGAUAAGGCUGAUGUUUAUAGCUAUGGAGUCGUCCUCCUUGAAUUGCUUUCGGACAAGAAAGCCGUCGAUCCAUCGUUCUCAUCAUAUGGGAAUGGUUUCAACAUUGUUCAAUGGGCCCACAUGCUAUUGCGACAAGGGCAGGCCAAGGACUUUUUCAAUGCAGGAUUAUGGGAUGCUGGUCCACAUGAUGAUCUGGUAGAAGUUUUACACUUAGCAGUUGUGUGUACUGUUGACAAUCUAUCCACAAGACCAGCCAUGAAGCAUGUCGUUCGGCGGCUGAAGCAACUGCAACCCCCUUCAUGUUAGUGACUUCUUAAUGCUUUUGUUGAUUAACAUUGUAAAUUUAGAAGGUACUGCCCCAUUUAUAAUCUCUCUCUGUGAAUUGUUAUUUUGGGGUAAUACCCUUUAGGUAGAGUUCUAAUCUGCAGUUACUCCCACCUGUAAAUUGUAAUAUUACUUUACCCCCUCCAUUUUUAACCUGAUUAGGAAAUGUAUCUUGGAAUCUGCAGAAGAAUGCAGAUAUUUCUUAUCACCCAACCUCGUAUACUUGUAUUUCAUAUGGGUUGGUUGUUUAAUGAAGCAUUUCAUACCACUUUUGAAAGUAUCUUUGUUUGCUUUAUAAGCAUUU